AUGGUCAAUGAAACAGCUUUGUCCGAAUUCCUUAUCUUGGGCUCCUCUAGUCUUCAGGAGCUGCAACUGCUGCUCUUUUUUGUCUUUCUUGCCCCAUAUAUCUUCAACCUGGUGGGCAACACCUCCAUCAUUAUUGUUGCCUCUCUGGACCCUCAGCUUCACACCCCCAUGUAUUUCUUCCUCGGGAAUCUCUCUUUUCUGGAUAUCUGUUAUAAAACCACCAAUGUUCCUCAGAUGUUGGUGCACCUCAUGGCCAAAAGGAAGAGCAUCACACAUGCUGGCUGUGUAAUUCAGCUCUACUUCCUUCUCUCCUUUGUAGGUACGGUGUGCAUUCUCCUGGCGGCAAUGGCCUAUGACCGCUUUGUGGCUAUAUGCCAUCCUUUGAACUAUGUAGUCAUCAUGAGGAAAGCACUUUGCCUCCGGCUGGCCAGUGCCUGCUGGGCAAGUGGCUUUCUCAACUCAGCUCUGCACACCUACUUUACUUUCCACCUUCCAUUCUGUGGGGACAAUCAGCUCAAUUAUUUCUUUUGCGAUAUCCCUCCCCUCCUGAAGCUUUCCUGUGGAGACACCUCCCUCAAUAGGAUCAUUCUGCUCAUUGUUGGGGUCAUCAUAGGAUGGACACCCUUAGUCUUCAUAGUCCUCUCUUAUGUCUACAUAAUCUCCACCAUCCUGAAGAUAAGGUCUAAUGAAAGGAGACAAGAGGCAUUCUCCACCUGCACUUCACAUCUGGCCAUUGUCCUGUUGCAUUAUGGGAGCUGCAUCUUCACCUGUGUUUGGCCAAUAUCAACUUACUCUUUGGAGAAAGACAGACUCAUUUCUGUCCUUUACAGCAUUAUUACCCCCAUGCUAAAUCCUUUUAUCGACACCUUUAGAAACAAGUUUAUUAAAGGUGCCCUUUAA